GAGUGAGCUUGAAACUUGCAGUGGUCAAGUUGGCGAAAUUUAACUGAAGAUCAAGAAGAAAUGCUCUAAAUUGAUUUAAUUUGGACAUAUCAUCCGAAUGAUUAAUUAGUAAAAUUUAUAAAAACGAUAAGCACGACAUCAGCGAUGGGAACCAUAAUAAAUUCUAAUCAACAAAAUUGAUUCUAGUUUGUGACGCAUGUGGGUCGCCGGGCUCUUCUAUACCUCCUCUGAACCAAAUGGAUCAAGAAUUAAUAAAUGACUUAAAAUCGAAACAGAUUCUGCAUUGGAAUGCAAGAAAUUUUUUAGCGUUACCAAGCGAGCUUUCCAUAUUUGGAUCAGGUGUGACAGAAAUUUACAUCAGAUGGAACAAUAUUCAUAAUUUGCCAGCAUGGAUGGGCCAUUCACUGCCAAGUCUGACAAAUCUGUACCUGGAAUUUAACAAGCUAAGUGACUUACCGGCAGAGUUUUCUCUUUUGAAAAAUUUAAAAGUACUGCAUUUGGAUAGUAAUAACUUUUCAACCGUACCUGCUGUUGUGUUCCAAUUGCACAGUCUCGAGUGCCUGAAUCUUAGCAGAAAUGUGAUUGAGUGGCUGCCUGUUGAAAUUGGAGCCCUGAAAAAUCUGGAACAUUUGGACUUAUCUAACAACUGGCUCCAGUUCUUGCCUCUUGAAAUCUAUCAUUGCGGAAAAUUAAGGAAUCUUUUUUUGAAUGACAACAAAUUGCUAUAUUUGCCCAGAACCAUCACACAGUUAACAGCAUUGGAACAUCUUAAUGCAGCUUCAAAUAUGCUUCACUUUUUGCCCCCAGUCCCUUUCUGCAGCAAGCCUAUCAUUGACAUUUCUCACAACUACAAACUAAAUUGGUGCUCUAUGCAAGCAUUAAACCAAAAACUCGUAAAUGUCAACUUCACAGGAGAAGAGUGUGAUCUCAGCAAAAGUUGUACCGGCUGGACAUUGAUACAAUGUGAUAAUGGACAGCAGUGCAUUGAAGUUGUUUGUUCGGGCACAACGCAGAACAUUUUCCUACCUCUGGGCCUACAUAUUUGCAACAUGAUGGAAUCCAAGAUUCCUUCACUACUUGAGCUCACCCAACGGAUUGCAUACAAGACUGUGAUAAUGCCAAAUCCUUUGGAAGACAGUGCAAAUUCAAUGGAAAUUGAUCAAGACACCAACAUCAAUUUGCCAAUUGAAAUUUACAAGUCACUCAUUCUUGGCCCAGCUGCAAUUUGUUUUGUGUGUCAAAGUAGAAUAUUUCAACACUCAUAUUGCUCUGUAGCUCAUUCGCACAUUUUGCAGAUUCCUCAUUGCUUAGUUUUUCUUUGCUCUCGAUCGUGUGCAAUUAAUUAUUUUAAUUUUUCGUGCAAUGAUUAGGAUUAUACUAUUUCCAUUAAAUUAUUUUUAAACGUAAAGAGAUUCCUCUUGAUCGCAUACAAACUGCAGGGUAGUGCAAGGGUACUGAUCAGAGAUUCUUAUCAAAUUUGCUAAAUUGUAUUGCCGUAAGCGUGA